AUGCUGCAGCAGGGCCUCGGCAGCCUUGAAGGAUCUUUUCCUUCUCCGUCUGCAGAUGGAGAGGAAGGGGGCUUUCAUGGGGGCGAUGCCUUAGUGGAGCUCUCGUGCGGCAGCAGCAACGGCAGCAGCAUCACGAGCAGCAGCAACGUUUCUCCUGUUUCAGGAAGCCAGCAGAAGCAGCAGCAGCCGCCGCAGCAACAACAGCAGCAACAACAGGAUCAGCAGCAGCAGCACCAAGAGGAGCAGCAGGAGGAGGAGUGGGCAGCAGCAGCAGCAGAGUUUCCACAGGCUGUCGAUCUUAAAUCUGCACCUCUCUUCUUCUUUCUUGGUGAGGAGUAUAGACAGCACGAGUGGGUGCGUCUGAAGAGCCAAGGCAGCAAAGAUUGGAUAGCACAGAUCAUUGCUUAUAUCCCUCCUGCUGCAGCAGCAGCAGAAGAUGCGGCAGCAGCAGAUGCAGCAGCAGCAGAUGCAACAGCAGCAGAUGCAGCAGCAGCAGCAGGAAAGAUAGUAUGUCGUUGGGCGUGGGACCCAUACGAUCUACGUGAUGAGUGCUGCCCUGACUUACCUGUGGAGGUGUACAGCCGCUUUGAAGUUAUACCUGCUUUAAACUUCAUAGAUCUUAACCCUGUUGCUUCUAUUAAAGGAAGGCUUCAAGUAGAGACGCUGCAGCAGUGGCUCACCAGAACAGCAUUCCCCAGCAGCAGCAGCAGCAGCAGCAGCAGCAGCAGCAGCAGCAGCAGCAGGGAGGGAGAAGAAGAAGGGGGGCUGCCUCCUGUGUUGUUCUACCGUCAUGCAUUUGAUGCAGAUGUUGGCUUCGAGCCGCAGAUCCCUGCAGAUGCAAUCCGCUUCAAGAGAAUAAAGACACAGCAGCAGCAGCAGCAGCAGCAGCAGCAGCAGCAGGUGAAGCAGGUGAAGCAGGAGGGAGAGGAGCCAGCAGCAGCAGCAGCAGCAGCAGCAGAUAGGGCAGCAGCGGGGCCAGCGCCUCCUAGCUCCUUUAGGAAACAUAGUGCAGCACGAAACCCUGACUGCAGAUUGUUUUGCUGCUGCCGCUGCAGCCAAACCCUGGGGCCCCCAGAUGAUAGACAGCCGCCCAACUGGAGGCCAGGGCCUCAGCAGCAGGCGCUGCUGCAGCAGUUUCUGCAGCAGAAACUCAGCAGCAGCAACAGCAACAACAGCAGCAGCAGCGGUGGGGAGCAGGCUGUGUACGAGCUGCUGCAGCGCGAAACUCAGCAGCAGCAGCAGCAGCAAAACGUAAAAGAAGAGCCUAUUUUAAUUGAAUCUCCUGAUGAGCUUCCUUUUCUUUUCAAGCUGUUCCCUGCACAGUCAGAUAUCUCUAUUUGCUGCUGGAGAUGCGCAAGAAGAGAGAGGAGGAGGGAAGCAGCAAAAGCUGCUGCUGCUGCUGCUGCUGCUGGGGUCAGCUCGAAGGAACAGAGAGGGACUGCAGCAGCCAGAACACCGCCAGCUGGGAGCAGCAGAAGACGCAGCAGAGCAGCUGCAGCAGCAGACGGGGCAGAUCAACAUGGAGCCUCACCAACAGCAGCAGCAGCAGCAGGAGCCCUUCUUCAGCCUAAGCGGCAGCAGAAGCAGCAGCAGCGAGCUCGGAGAGCUACGGUGCAGCAGGGAGACGCAGAUGGCUUGGUGUCUACUGGCAGCGAGUACAGCUACAGCAGCAGCAACCGAAGCAGCAGCAGCAGCAGCAGCAGCAACAACGAAAGCGACCCUGAAUUCGAUAUAGAGGAGCUGCGAGCGGAGUAUAUGUCGCUGCAAGAUGUAGACAGAGAAGAGCUUGAACUCAAAGAAAGAGAAGCAGCAAAGCGGAAAGCUGCUGCAGCGGCAGCCAGCCGCAGCAGCAGCAGCAGCAGCAGCAGCAGCAAGACGGAACCGGGCAAGCUGCACAGCAACGCCGCCGUCAAGCGCGUUCCUUUCUCCCCUGGAGACGAUGCACCACGGGGAGCAGCAGCAGCAGCAGCAGCAGCAGGAACUCGGCAGCCAAGUGCGGCUGCAGGUCGUGCUGCUGCCGCAGGUCGUGCUGCUGCAGCAAGUGGAGGCAGCCAUCGCAAGCGGAAGCACCCGCAACGAGAGCAGCAGCAGCAGCAGCAGCAGCAGCAGCAUGCAGCGCCUGCGCUGCUGGGGUCCCUUGUGCGGCAGCGCGACUGGCAGCAAGGGGCGUCCCGGCGCCUUAAGAAGUUAGAAGAGAUAUAUUAUUUGGGGCUGAGAGAGCUGCAGCCUACGCUGCAGCUGCAGCAAGAGGCAGACGCAGCAGCACAAGUUGCGCGUGCUGCAGCAGCAGCUGCUGCGGCUGCGGCGGAAACAGCAACAGAGAGCAGCGGCUCACCUAACACGCCUGCCAGCAGCAACAGCAACAAGAGCAGCAGCAGCAGCAGCACCAGCCUCAGUGCCAUGGGACAGGAAGCUGUCUCUUCAGCAGCACAGUCUCCGACUGCAGCAGCAGCAGGAGCAGCAGCAGCAGGAGAGGCACCGAACAAAGGUGCGCUGCAGCCUGAGCAGCAGCAAGAGGCGGGCGAGGUGCAGCAGCAGCAAGCGCAGCAGCAGCAGCAGCAGCAACAGGAGCAGGAAGAGCAGGAGAAGACAGAAGGGAGUGGAGGUGUUGAGCUGCUGCGGGCGAAGGUAAUAUAUCCUUCUGCUGCAGCAUUUGCUGCUGCAGUGCAUGCAGCCUUUUGGAAUGCCUAUGGUGCUGCACCCCCUCGUUUGCGGCAGCAGCGUUUAUACGAAUUACUUGCAAACUUAAGACGAGAAAAUAAUAAAGAAUUGAGACAAAAGGUGCUGCUGGGGUGUAUGUCUCUGUCUUCAUUGUUAGCAGCAGAUGCCGAUACAUUAGCGCCAGCUGAUGUUAGACGAGAAAGAAAAGAAGAAAGAGAUAGACACUUCAGGAGAGCUGUUAUUUUAACUGAGAGCAUUACACCCCAGCAGCUCUUGAAGAAGACGCAUAAGGGAUUAGAAUCGGUCAGGGAGGACCUGCUGCCGUUGCACCAGCAGCAGCAGCAGCAGCAGCAGCAGCAGCAUACACGCAAAAACAAACACCUACAAAAACACGCAAAACCACCCGUCAAACAUGCAACCAGCAGCAGCAGCAGUAGCAGCAGCAGCAGCGGAAGCAGCAGCAGCAGCAGCAGCGGCAGCGCAAGCGGAAGCGGAAGUAGCAGCGGGGAAGACUCCGACAGCAGCAGCAGCAGCAGCAGCGGAAGCAGCACAGACGAUGAAAAAUCAAACAGCCGGCCAAAUUCCAACAGCAACUUGGGUGGUGCUGCAGCUGCACACACUGCAGCAGACGCUGCAGCAGGUCAGGUAGACGUGCAGAGAGAGCUGCAUGCGCUGCAGCAGCUCUUUGGCAGCGACGAUGCGGCCCCUGCUGCUGCUGCUGCUGCUGCUGGUGAUGAUGAGCAGCAGCAGCAGCAGCAGCAGGGGGCUGAGGCGGCAGAAGGGAAAGAAAAACACAGGGUUCGCUUUGCUGCAGAGCCGAAGCUGUCGCCCCGUGGGGGGACUCGCCGCAGCAGCAGCAGGAAGCAGCAGCAGCAGCAGCAGCCAUUUGAGCUGCUGCAAGAGUUGGUGCCGCAGGGCUUCUCUGCGAGGCCCCUUAGAGUCCCGCCUAAUGUAGCUGCCUAUACACCCGAAGCCUCGAAGCGAAGGGUGCUGCAGUUGCUGCAGCGCGUGCAGCAGCUGCAGCAGAGGCGACUGCUGCGGCAGCAGCAGCAGCAGCAGGAUGCGGGAGUAGCAGCAGUAGCGCAUGCAGUUGCAGCUGACUGCAGCAGCAUGAGGACCUCCUUUGCGGAUUUGCUGCAAUGUGCAUUUGUUCGAGUGUCUGCUGAGCUGACGCGCAGCAAGGGAGAGUCAGGGUAG